ACAACGUGCACGCACACACACCACAUACACCACACCACACAUGGGGGAGAACGGUGGGGUGCCACGGCCGGCACUGUUGCUGGCACAGCAGCCGCAGCAGCGGCGGCAGCAGCAGAGGCUGGUGCGGGUGUUGGAUGCGUUUGUGCAGGACAAGAAAGGCCUGCUCUCGCCAGCUGCCCAAGGAAAAGCGGAGGCUGCGCUGCGAGACGCCGGGGCGCUUGAUGACAGCCAUGUGCGUCGCGUUCGUGGGCUGGAAGAUGACAUGACACAGAUGCAGCGUCGUGCAUGGAAAGCAGCCAGGCUUCUUGCGUGCGGGGUCAAGGCAUGGGCCAAUGGUGCCCAUGACCAACAGCAGCAGCAGUCGCAGCAGCAAGAACGUCAGCAGCAACAGCCGCAGCAGCAAGAACGACAGCAAUAUUUACACCACCACCACCACCAACAACAACAACACCAACAACAACAGCAGCAGCAGCAAGAGCGACAGCAAGAGGAGGAAGGACACUCGACCGCAAGAGAACAUAGGGGCCAUGCCAGCACCCACACUAACACUCACGACGGCCAGCCACACGACAGAAUCAAUCUGCGCGAGCAACGUGUGAUCACAACUUGCGUGCUUUACAUCGACUUGUUGGGCCUGACGCCGCAUGUGCCGAGCAACGCACUGCCGCCGGUCAAAGCGCGAGCGCCGCGAAACACCCCUGCCCCAAUCCUUCGCGCUGCACAGGGCAGCGCAAAACCCUCUGACGCACGAGAUAAACAGGCAACCCACCGAAAGUGCCUCGCCAUCAUCUGCGACACGGUGCUUGCCGCCAUCCCGGGGCUGCCGCCGACAGCGCUGUCGCUGAUGCUGCCAACACUUGUAGUUGCCCUCUCGUAUCGGGCGUUUGGUGCAGCGGUGUCUUCAGCGGGCACAGCGGCAGCAGUUUCGUUUCAGGUGGCCACCAUUCGCCUCAAACAUCACAACACGCCAAGGGACGCCGUCCAGUCUGCCGUUGCGCUGCAACACACAGCGCAGCUUGAACACAGCGACAGCGACAGUGACAGCGAUGGCAAUGAAAGUGACGAUGACAAUGUUGACGAUGGCCACAAUGGUGAUGAUGAUGGCAGUCCUGUGACUGGUGAUUUUGAGGGCCAUGCGGAUAACGAGGUUGCUGGAGAGAAAAGCAGCCGUGACAACAGCAGCUCGUGCACUGCAUCACACCCUGCAUCAUGUGCAGCUGCUACCUCACACGCCAGCAACAAGUUGCCCAGCCAUCGAAGGCAGGAUCAGGCCCUGUGUGAUCUCGAGCGGCUGCUUGUGCACGAACUACCGCCUGACACAAGCUUGGAGGCGCUGUUUAAGGCGAGCAGUGGCGCAUCCAGCCAGGCGCGAUGGGUACGCACGGCCACCUCCAUCUUCAUCGCGGCCAACCUGAUGCGAAGGCACGGCGUUGUGACGCUGCUGCGGAUGCUGCUCACAGAUGGGAGUGAUGACCAGACCACACAGGACAGUAAGGCAUCGUCCACGGUGAUGUGGCAGCGGGCGCAGUUUGCUGCCAUCAUGAUUGGCACGCCCCCGCGCCAGCCGUUCUUCACCCAUCACCGCUACUAUGCACGCGUUUUCCCACAACUGCGUGCUGUCAUCUGCCAGGGGCGGCGUGUGCGCGGCAGUGGCGCAUCAUCAUCAGCAACAUCAGCAGCACCAGCUGCUCGUCACGACGGCAGCAACGGCAGCGGUGGUCAGAAUGAGGAGGAUGAGGUGUACACAGAGUUGUCGCUGGCUGCGCAGCGGGCAGCAUGUUUAGCUGUGUUUCGACUCUUCAAUGCCGAUCCCCAGCUGACAUACACGCACUUUCUUCGCCAAUUUCUAAAGCCGUUCCUCAUCUACACACAAACAGCACGCGAGCCGCAAGAUGCACAACACGCGCGGUCUUCAGCAUCACCCCAAUACACUCGUCGAGACGAGCAGCGACACAGCGAUAGCAAGGAUGACAGUCGGGCCAGCAACGACAACGGUGGCAACAGUGUCAACGCUGAUGAUGAUGCUUCGUGUCUCCACAGCACCAAUUCCAUCCUGUGCUCAUCGCGUGACGUGGAGGAGAGCCGCUCGCGUGUGUGUGCAUCUGUCCUCCGCUGGGAGUUGCAGCUUCCUGUCGGUGAUGCAGAGAUGGACAUGAUGGAUGCGGCGUAUCUUGCGUUUGUGGUGGACGCAAUGGCAAGCACAGGGCAGCAGCUGUUCCUGGAAACGCUCACGCAUGUAUUUGAGCGCGUGCAGCCACAGGAGGACGUGGGACCCAGCCAACACGCGAGUGGUGAUGGUGCAAGUGGUGGCGUUGGCGGGGGAGGGCACGCAGCGAUUGCGACGACUGCCAGUGGUGUGACGAGAGAACGGCUGGUAAUCGGCGCGCUUCAGCCAUCAUCAUCACCACCAACACCAUCACCGUCACCAUCAUCCUCGUUCGAUGUUCCCCUGUCCAUUUUGAUCCGGGUGGAGCGCCUGCUGGCUCUGCUUCUCGAGCACGUUGCUCCAGAGGCCAUGACAGACGCGGCAAAGGGCCUGGCGCUGGUUCACGCGCUGCUGCUGUUCCCCCACGAGGGCGUCACAUCCGCGGCGCUCAACGUGCUCGAUCUCCUGCUCAGCGGCUUCAUUACCGUUGAGCGGUCGCUGUGGCCGCUGCUUGAUCAGUGUAUACCAGCACUCGAUCGCUUACGGAAGAGCACGGAAGUUAACACAGCAGGCACACGCACAGACACACGCACAGACAGCAACGCCCGUCCACCGCAAGCACGUGGCACCGCUACCGCCACCACCACGGGCGGGAGUGACUAUGAUGACACUCAAGAUGCGAGCGUGGAGGGGCUGGCAGAUCGACUGUACGUCUCAAUUCGCACGCGCGCAGCAUGCUGGUCUGGCCUGGGCGAGAACAGAGAAGCAGGACCGAGCCACGAACAAUGCGACAGCACUGAAGGCGCCACUGCUGUGGAUGAGCUGCAACGCAUCUUCACGGAUAUCAAAGACCCUCUGAUGCCCGUCCGUGCACAUGCGCUCGUACAACUCCGCAAACUCAUCAAUGCAAAACGGGAGCAAGUGAAAGAGAACCUGAACCAGAUCCUUGGGAUGUUGUCACCAUGCCUUGGUGACCCAGACAGCUACCUGUAUCUCGCUGCCAUCGAUGCAUUGGCGGCACUUGGUGCCGCAUUCCCUGCUGCGGUCCUUCCCAAAAUCAUGGCAGAGUUUCGCGAUGGUUCACUGGCCAUUGAGCUUCGCCUGAAAAUAGGACAGUCCCUGAUGCAAGUGGUGCGAGCGCUCGGCUCCGCUCUUCCAAAACACGUCCACCUCGUCCUCCCCGCAAUGCUCGACAUGUGUCGCCGCGGUGAUGAAACGCUGCGUGCGAGCUGCCUCUCAAACUUGGCCGAGAUCUGUCAACUUCUUCGCUUUGCCCUCCAGCCGCACAUGAGUGAGGUUGCGCACUGCAUCUCACAGCUCGCCCUCCGCGACCCCUCGGAGCAGGUCCGCCGCGGCGCCAUGCAUGUCCUCGUGUCCAUCUUGAAAGGUCUUGGGGCCGAUGCCCCGCACGUGCUUUCCGGGCACAUUCGCCCGCUCGUGCACAUGUGUCGCAGCGUCGAAGACACGGACCAGGACGGCGUCACGCGAUUCCACGCUGCUGCUGCGCUUCAUGAGCUACAGAGCAUUGCAAGAUCGUUCCUUAAGCUCAAUAGUUGACCUGGGAAUGCCGGAGACCCUUCGCGUGUAUACGCGCCACUCGAGCACACGUGCUUGCACUCUUGCUUGUUUGGUCGUCAUAUGUAUUUGCAUAGUAUUGUUGGAACAAAUCGUCACUAGCUAGUAGUAGUUGGAUACUUGGUUUGGAAUAACACAGCAGGUGUUGUGUGGUCGUGGUGGUGUGCAAUCAACGAUAAAUCAACAGGCAAGCGAG